AAAUAAGAAAACCAAUGUACGAGCACAGCAGCUACAGAAAUUACGAAUAGUUUUUUAAACGAAUUUUGUCGGCUACAUCUAGUGCUGAAAAGGGUUUAAUAUUUUCCAUUUCGGCGUAGUAAAUCUUGGCAACAUUGCACUACACUAAAAUACACCGACAAUCUCUCCAAAGAAGUGCGCACAUGCAACAGAGCACCACCACCACCACCACAGUAGUUUAAUACGCGCGGUCGCAUAUGGAUUGUUGUGCGUCCAUGUCCAGCAUAUGCCUAGACGUAGCCAAUUUAUCGGAAUCAAGCGAGGAGCAGCAGCACCAACGGCGGAGUCUGAUUAUGCGGCCGACACCAAAGUUUGAUUUAGCGCUGUCAUGCAAAGCGACGACGUUUCUACUGAUGGUACUGUUCAGCAUCGGCUGGCUGGGCUAUGCACGGGCGGAGCGUGACUUUAACUUUAACGACUCGCAGGUUCCUCUUCUUGAGCCUCGAGAUGAACCAGCUCACACUCACUACAGCCACGAUCCAUAUUCGGUAGAAGUGUCGAGUUGCCGUGCGGCAAACAGCGAAAUUGUGCUGUCUUUAGUACUGAAAAGUCGUGAUUGGACGGAUUUGAGUGACAAUAAAAAGGACAAAGUACUUGAGAAGUUAUCCAAGUUCUUUGCCAUACCGAAGGAAUUUAUCGUUAUGGAAUCUGUAACAAAACGCGAACUCAGCGAAAUGCAAAAGGAAUCAAUACGCAGAGGUCAUAAUAAGUGCCAUAAUAAUUAUAAUCGUCCUCUGGGACGCGUAAGCUUUGUGCUUGGCUGUGGAUCUACAUAUUUCACAAUGAGUGAGCCUAUAAACAAACAAAUUGGUGCCCAAAUGAAAGAUGGUUCUAUCGAUAAUAUAACUGGUGAAAAGUUCGGUUGGUGGGUUAUCUGGCGCAAACAGUACAAAACGAGAGCGCAACGUAAUCGACGUCAAACCGAGGGUUCUGGUACCGAUGACGCCGGUGACGAUUAUGACUAUGUAUACGAUGAUGAUGAUGAAGAUGUCGUAGAAAACGUGACGGAGUUACCAGCUGUCACCACUCAUGCUCAUCGCCACCAUCAUGGCGUCGGACAGUCAAAUCUCGGAGAUAAUAAUUCGGGGAUAUCAUCAGUUUUGGCAUCUUCGGAAUCAAGUGGCCAAAUCACACAGCCGGACAACGCAAUUGAGGAAAAGGUUCCAGCUGUGGCGCCUGUGUCAUCAAGCCAUCAAGCCAAGCAGCAGUCUCCUUCAACGGGCGAAUCGAACUUCCUGGUACCAAAUAAAGAAAGUAACAUCGACGAAGAAAUAGUUGAGAGCGUUUCGCAGCUGGAAUCGGUUAUAACCAAAACUAUCGAAAAUACGAAAAACAUCAAAGAGCUCCCUGUUAUAGAAGAAGAAGGCGGCGGCGAAGAUGUUCCUGUGGCAGUGGAAAUUGAGAAAGAAUUGGGUAUACCGAACACUCUUGAAGAGCUCAAUACACAACUCGCCCAAUCAAACGAUUUAGAUACAAAUGUCAAUUUAAAAAAGAAUCAACCAGUAACCUCUACUAGUUCUGGGCAUGAGUUAACAACAAGUGACUCAACACAAUUACCGUCACAAUUUCGCAUUGAAAAUAACAUUGAAAAUGAAUUUUACUCGUUUGGAGCAGCUGCCAAUGUUUCUGUUGAGGCGAAUGCUAAGGGUAGGUCAGGCGCUUCUAUUGUUCAAAAUAAGAAUGGACGACUUGGUACUGGUUUUACAAACAAAUCUAUGCCACCAUUGAUUUUAAAUGAGUUGGAAGUAGCGGCAUCAACACCGCCGUCUAUUGUGGAAUUAGACACUUCGUCGUCAGCAGCGAUUACUUUGGAGCCGUUUAUGCUCAGCACUACAAUUGCAAAUCCUAUGAAUGCUGGAAUGGCAAAUAUUGAAACGGUUUCAUUGUUACCACUCUCAGUAAAUGAGAGUCAAAAAACCGCGGCAACAACACUAUCACCUCUUUCAUCGGUAAAUGCAGCCGUAGCCGCGACCUCAUUAUCCGCAUCCACGUAUUUCACUGCUUCGACCCCUUCUGCGCUUUCAUCAUCAUCAUUCUCUGUAUCACCUUCGACCGUGUCUUCGACGGCGUCUUCGUUUACUUCGUCAUUCGCGCCCCCAUCAAUAUCAUCAACAACCACAGCUUCAUUAACGACAACAACACCAUCCAUCACCACACCACCACUGUUAACUAAGCAACAGCAAGUGCUACAACAAACACAACGCCACCAAACAGUAAACCAAUCUACGAAUUCAUUUGAAAAGUUUGCGUUCGCUCCAUCGACUCCAAUAAGUGGUGAAUAUUCGGAAGAUCGCCAAAAAAGUGUUUCAGAAAGUGGGCAAAAUGUUUCCGCUAUGCUUACUACACAGAGGUUGCCAUCUUCAGAUACAACUACAGCGCAAAGCAUGCGGAGUGAAAGCGAUGCCAACGAAUCCGGUGCGUACACAGAAGCCGGUAAACCCUUUGAAUCACCAACAACAACGUCAACUUUUAUGACAACGUCAGUUAGCAGACAUAUCAAAAAGGAUGACAAUGAGACGAGCACACUACUGCCAGCACAAGACUCCAGUCGCACGUCGCACUCCACAAUUGACCAGUACAGUAGCUCUCCCACAACUACGAUAAGUUCAUCAACAACUUCAACGUAUAGUACGACACCCACAACAGUGAGUGAAGCUAUUUCGCCCUCUGCUGGCUCUGGCGAUUACGUUGAAGCUAAAGUGGAAAACACGCCGCCGAUGAUUCGCACUCGCUUGCAGAAGUUCGCUGUAACAUCUGGGAAAGCCUUCUCGUAUUCGGUGCCGCAGGAUACCUUCUUUGAUACCGAGGACCUUACAAAUCUGCGCUUAGAUUUGACAGACAAGGAUGGACGCGAAUUAAAGGCCUCAUCUUGGCUGCAGUUCAAUCCCGAGACACAUGUCCUUUAUGGACUGCCGUUGGACGAUUCUGUAUCGAAAUGGCAAUAUCGGUUAUCGGCAACCGACUCCGGCAACGAGUCUGUAACGGAGACUCUUGAGAUAUCUGUCCAGCAGCAUCGCGGUGUACGCACUGUCAACCACGAGAUAAGCAUAACUGUAAAGAUCAAUGAGAAAAAUAUGCACAACAUUGAUUGGCAGCUAAAACUGAUGCGCGAUGUUGCUUCAACUUUGGGCGAUGAAAACACCAACUGGAUUGUGGUGCGCGAGAUUCGUCCAAUGCCGCAGGACCCGAAUACGGCCACUUUUGUGUAUUUCAACGAAACGUUUCCCACCAGCGAAUGCCCAGAGGCAGAACUCAAUAAAUUAGUGAAGCGUUUGGAUGCAAGUCGUUUGAGUGAUUUGGUGUAUCCCACAUUGAGUGUGAAGUCCAUAACUGGCCAGUUAAUUGGUUCCUGCCAAAAAACGCAUUUAACUAAGCCGAAGCCCACAACUCACAUAUCAACUAAUGUACCUCCACUACCCCGUAAUCAAGUGGAUCGUGUCAAUGCUACUGUUGGUCAUUUGCUUGUUUUCAAAGUUCCGAGUGACACAUUCUACGACCCCAACGACAACGAGCAACUAACGUUGACGCUAAAAACAAAAGACCACAAGGAAUUGAAUCCUAGGCAUUGGUUGCAAUUCGAUUCGAAGAAUCAAGAGUUCUAUGGCAUACCAAAGAGUGGGGAUGCUGGUUCAGAAGAGUACUUGUUGGUCGCCCAAGAUGCUGGCGGGCUUACUGCAACAGAUGCAUUGGUGGUAGUGGUGAAUCAUGCUCCUAAAAAGGAGUUUAGUGUCUACUUCAAAGCGUACCUGGCAAUUCGACAUGAGCAAUUUAAUGCCGAUCUUCAGCGAAAAUUUGUAGAGCGUGUUGCUCAUCUGUUCGGUGACUCAAAUACACAAUAUGUGCAAAUUCGAUCGGUGACGACACAUCACGACUCAGACAGUACGAUUGUUAACUUCUAUAACACGAGUUUGUACAAGUCGCAUAAUCGUUGUCCUGAAGAGGAAAUUGAGGCAGUUCGCAGCGUGUACUUGGUUAAGGAUCAUAUGGUACGCGACCAUGUUAAAAAAGUGCUUGGACCUGAAUUAAAUCUUACAAAUGUUCAACCGUUGCCAUUGGGCUUAUGCCAUCCUCAAACGGAUAUUAUACAUCGCGACUAUGUACCCACGAAGACGGAUCAGCCAACGCUGAAGUCCAGCUUCAGUGACGAGUAUUUGUAUACAAUAAUACUUCCGGCCGUGAUUAUAAUCAGCAUGAUUAUAAUCGCUUUGCUUAUUGCUUGUUGUCUGCAUCGUCGUCGUCGAAAGAGCGGCAAAAUGGAGCUCGGUGAUGAGGAGGAGCGUAGAUCAUUCCGAAAGAAAAAUAUACCGGUAAUUUUCCAAGAUGAGUUGGACGAGAAGCCUGAGAUCGGCAACAAAAGCCCAAUUAUAUUGAAGGACGAAAAGCCACCAUUGCUGCCACCUUCUUACAACACCUCCAAUAUGAAUGGUGAAAACGAUGUGGAUGAAUACGUACCACCGCCAGCUGUCGUGGUCGGCGGUCGUGAAGCGAGAGGGAAAUCACCAGCCACGCCUUCUUAUCGGAAACCGCCACCAUAUGUUUCGCCAUAAAUAUGUGAAAUAAAUGUCAAACAUUGGAAGAAUACAAAAGCAAAAACUUAGUUUGCUAAUGCAGCUUAACUUGAAAUACUUGGAAACUUUACUACUUAAUUCACUACUUAUACAUUUUUUAGUUAUUUAAUGUUGUGUAAGCAGGAACAAAAGUGAAGAACGUUUAAUACAUACUUAAACGGCACAAAAGAUAAAACGAAAUUACGAAACCGAAGUAAGGAUAACGAGCAAACAUUCGAUUUUGCUACAUAUGAAACGAAUAAUCAUCUCGCAUUGUUGGAACCUAUGAGAAAGUUCAUAUAAAUGAUUAAGUCAUAAACAAUCGAAUGUGCAAAGUUCUUUCUCAAAAUAAAAUAUACGUAGAUAUUCAUUGAACUAUACAAUAUUAAAGAAAAAUUAAAGUAAAUUACAAUGCUCUAAGGUUUUAAGAAUUUUCUCUUUAAAAUUACUCUAUUGUUCGUCGUUUCCCCGAAAACAGUGAUGAAAAUUCUGCGUUGCAGAUUCUUAGAAGCUCUUGCAUUGUACUAUUUACCACUAAUAAGGGAAUAACUUAUUAAAAUGUUAAGACAUUCAUUUCGCAGAAAGAACAGCAAUUUAAAGGAGUGAAUCAUUUGGAUUACAACAUUACACAUGAAAAUCUUGCUUAAAGGAAUGUAUUGGACAUAAUGAUCGUUUUCUUUCGUUUUAAAGUUUUGCUUCAAGCGCUUCCGUUAUAGCGAAAAACACUAUCCCACUGGUCGGGGGUUCAAAAAAAUAUUUACUAGAAUCAGAAAUAAUCUAAGGAUAUUGAGGUAAGAUGUCGUUAUGUAAUCAAAAUAAGAACGUGUCACAAUCAUAUAAACGUUUGUAUUACCUAAAACUUUUUCAAUAAACUAUACAACCGUAAUGUUGUACGCAAGAUAAUCGCUCAUGCGUAUUUAAAAGCAAUUUCUAUCAUAUAUGUAUAUGUAUAUUAAGAUUAAAGGGAAUAACAACUCAGUGCAUAAAAAACUAUGCACACAAAUUGGUUGCAUAUCACUAUCCGAAUGUGAAAAGGAGCCAAGUAAGCGUUUUUAAAUUGAGAUUUAUUUUGUAUAUUUAAUAAAAAAAAAUGUAACGAAUAUUUAAUAUACCUGCAUAUCUGCAAAAAGAGUCAGGAUCCCAUUUGUCAACAGACUUGCGUUAAGUCUUAUUAUUUCCCAUUGUUUACUAAACUUGACAAUUUUCGCUGAACAGAUAAAAGACCUUUUCACCUUCUGGUAGCGAUGCGUCCUUUAGAUGGGUUAAUCAACAAAGAAGCUAAACUCGAAACUCGUUUUAUAUAUUUUUAUACAUUAUUUAAAAAAAUGUAAUAAAUCAUAUAAAGCGAUACAUGUUCAGUAUCUGUUAUUGAAAAAAUUAGUAAUAGACUAUUAUUUGCCGGCAUAUAAAAUAUUAUUUGACUGCUUAAAGUAAUGAAAUUCGACGACUUUACAUACAUAUGAAAAUUGUUUACAAUUUCAUUACGUUUUAUCAAUGGUUUGUUUUCUUCAAUUAGCACUUGACUGAACGACAAUCACAAUUCCCUUCAAAAAGUAAAUAAUUUUCAUUCAAAAAUGAAUUUUUGUACAAAUUAUGUGAACUUUUGAGUAUUGCAGCUAGUGCGUAAAUGAUGAUUUAAAAACGCACUCUUAAUAUAUAAGCAGCUGUUAAAAUUUGUAAAAUUAUCUUUUAUGUACACAGUUUUAUUUGUAUUAUUAUACUUACACUUAAAUAAUUUUCAUAUUUGCAUACCUUUAUAUACAUACAUACAUACAUACAUAAAUAAUAAUAAACAAGUUUAUGUAGAACUUUAAGAUUAACUUAAAACGAUUGAAUUUUUUUUAUACUUGCUUAGUUGCAAUCCAACAUCUCGAAAAUAAUCCGUCAAAUGCUUGCGAAAAGUAACAUUUCAAACGAAAGUUGUAACAAUAAAAUGCCAAAGAUAAAAGACAUUGUAAUUUAAUUUCGCCAUACAAAUUGAAUAGGCAUACUACAUAUCUUAACAACAAGUCUCUCUCUUAAACCAAUCAGUUAUUACAUGGAUUUGUUCGAAUUCAUUUGGAUUCCUCAUUAGUUGUCGCUAUCUGCUCUUGAGCCUUUUAUUAUCACAUUGUCAUUUAAAAUUCUAAGCAAAGGCUGCCCAGAAAUCACUGUAAUCUGUAUAUCUAAUUUUGUUCAAGUGACAUUUGUUACGGCUCUUAACUUCCAUUUUCGCUUCAUAAAGCAUUAAUUAAUUAAGGAGUGUGGUGGAACAUAUUUUAAAUCAAAUAUCAUGAAUGCAUAUUCAUUACAUGUAUAUGGGUAUAUUUUGCAGCUUUGACACAAUAUUUAGACGCCAGAAGCUUCCAUCCAAAUAAACGCAAUUAACUUAGAAGGAA